CUCCUUCCUCCCGGCCGCAGAGUGUCCCCGCGCCCGGCCCGACGCGGGGCUGAGCUGGCCCCGCCGCCCGGCAGCGCCUCUCGCCGCCGCUCAUGGACAUCGCGACGGGUCCCGAGUCCUUGGAGAGGUGCUUCCCGCGGGGCCCACCGGACUGCGCCAAGAUGCUGGACGGCAUUAAAAUGGAAGACCACCCCCUGCGCUCGGGGCCGGCCACGCUGGGAGUGCUGCUGGGGUCGGAGUGCCAGCACCAGGCCGUCUGCGAGGGCUGCCAGCGGCCCAUCUCGGACCGGUUCCUGAUGCGGGUGAACGAGUCCUCCUGGCAUGAGGAGUGCCUACAGUGCGCCGCGUGCCAGCAGGCGCUCACCACCAGCUGCUACUUCCGGGACCGCAAGCUCUACUGCAAGCAGGACUACCAACAGCUGUUUGCUGCCAAGUGCAGCGGCUGCAUGGAGAAGAUCGCGCCGACAGAGUUCGUGAUGCGCGCCCUGGAGUGCGUGUACCACCUGAGCUGCUUCUGCUGCUGCGUCUGCGAGCGCCAGCUGAGGAAAGGGGACGAGUUUGUCCUCAAGGAAGGGCAGCUGCUCUGCAAAAGUGACUAUGAGAAAGAGAAAGACUUGUUGAGCUCGGUCAGCCCAGACGACUCAGACUCAGUCAAAAGUGAUGAUGAAGAUGGAGAUGUUAAGCCCACCAAAGGCCAAGUAACCCAAGGGAAAGGAAGUGAUGAUGGGAAGGACCCAAGGAGACCUAAACGACCAAGGACAAUACUUACUACACAGCAGAGACGAGCAUUCAAAGCAUCCUUUGAAGUGUCUUCGAAGCCCUGCAGAAAGGUCAGAGAAACAUUGGCAGCUGAAACAGGGCUCAGUGUGCGAGUCGUCCAAGUCUGGUUUCAAAACCAAAGAGCAAAGAUGAAAAAGCUGGCACGGAGGCACCAACAGCAGCAGGAGCAACAGAACUCGCAGCGACUAGGGCAAGGUAGGGGAUUUGUGAAAGAGCAAAAAGUAAUGUCCAACCGAAUGGAAGGGAUGAUGACAUCUUACACCCCACUUGCACCACCACAGCAGCAGAUUGUAGCAAUGGAGCAAAGCAGUUAUGGCACAGACCCAUUUCAGCAGGGUCUUACCCCUCCACAAAUGCCAGGAAACGACUCCAUUUUUCAUGAUAUCGACAGUGAUACCUCUUUAACUAGCUUGAGCGACUGUUUUCUUGCCUCUUCCGAAGUUAACUCCAUGCAGGCUAGAGUAGGAAACCCCAUUGACAGGCUGUACUCUAUGCAGAGCUCCUAUUUCGCCUCAUGAAAGUAAAGAAAACUAACAGCCGGCGUGUGUUUAGCCAGUGACUUUUCCAGUGCAGACUCUACAGCCAUAUGUUGCCCAGCUCUUCCUUCACAGUGACUCUGCUGCCUCUGGACUGCAAAGAGCAUUUUUUUAGGAAGACUGUCUCUGUUUGCAUAUAUGUGUAUGUAUGUACAUAUAUUUUAAUACCUACAUACAUACAUAUAUAGAGAGACAAAACACAUCCACCCGUCCCAUACCCUUGAUUCCCAGCUGGCGCCAGACCACGAGACAAGCACGGAAGGAACAGAAGAACCUGCUCGUCCU